AUGGGUGCAGCCCCUCGGGAAGCAAAUGGGCAGCGGCAUUCUCGCCUGUGGUGGCAAAAACCCAGAAACAACCGACAACUCCUCAGCUCGAAACGGAUUCAUAAGCUGCGGGGCAUCCCCGCCGGGGCCCCAGGUGAGAUGCGGGGACCAGCGAGACGGCGGCCGACAGAUGAGCACAAACGUGUGGCGCUGACGAGGACCUGCAGGGCUGGAGGGUUACGACGCGCGGGACUCACGGAGGCCGCGGUGCAUCCUGCACACGUGAGACCACCCGCGGGGCCGCUCGUCUCGGGGCCUUUGCUCUCGCUGCACCGGGCUGUGCGCGGGCUCUCGGGUCGGGACGUGUUUUGGGAUUUACGCUGCAGGAUCGACAGUGGCCGGGACAGGAAGAUGGAAACAAACAAACACAACACGCCCGGAGGUGAAGAAAAAAUAAAAGCGCCUAAAGGUCAAAGAAGAUGUCCGUCCCGUGGCGAGGGACCCCUCAGCCCCACACACCACUCAGUCCCAGCCGGCCACCGCGGCGCUCCUCCAUGCUUGCUCCCGGACCUGCUUUCUAAGCCGGGGUGUGCGUGGGGAGGGGAGACAGCAGGGGUCCCAAGAGCCCUUGGAGACUCCCCAGCAGGAGGUGGGCCGCAGACCCCUCCUCGCCUGGAGCCAGGUGCGAGGCCAGACGCUCCCUCACGGGAGCACAGGCAGGUGUGUGUGCACCCGUGUGACACCGCAGGCCGCGCCGGGAGGCCCCUCCGAGGACGCCGUGGAGGUGACGCCCCCCCACAGCUGUGCUGGGGACCCCACAUUCGACAGCACCACCUCGGGGUGCCUGUCCGCACGUGGCCGGAGGACACUGGCCUGGGGAGCUGGGCAGGUCUGCCCUUCCAGGCCUCGUGGGGGGCUCCUUGGGGCUUCAGAAGCACGGCCCCUCGGACAGGCUGUGGCCCCCAGGACAGCCCUGGCUGCGGUCACUCGUGGCCUCGAAGCACACGCACCCCAGCAGGCUCCGUCCCCGGCGCCCCACGUGCAGAGGCUCUGUCCAGGACCCGGGAUCGGAGUUUCCAUCGGAGGCUCUGCCCUCCGAAGGGACAGGUGACACGUGGCCUUCCCUGGGCCUGGGACGGGGUCCGAGGGUGAGGGCAGCCAGUGCCCCUCAAGGCCUUCUACACGCGGGUGCCGCCCCCUCCACUGCUCAGGCCUCGAGGACAGACCUGGGGGUGCUGGGGGUGGGGACACGGUGGGCCGCACGUCUGUC